AUGACUUCCUCCGACCAGGCCAGUUAUCUGGCUAUCCCGGGCUCCGUUGCCUUUUCCCGAUCUCGUGGCCGUGCUAUCGCAGCUAGCAUUGGAGCCCUCGACGUCCGCGCGCAAUGGAUUCACUAUGUCCACACCGCACAGCCGCUGCAGGAGAGAGAACGCGAUGUGCUGGAGCAGCUCCUCCGUUAUGGAGAUAUCGCCGACGUCCCUCCUACCUUCGAUGAAGCGAAAGAUGGCGCCUUCACCGUAUACUACGUUUCGCCUCGCGUUGGAACGAUAUCGCCAUGGAGCUCUCAGGCUACUGGUAUUGCUCACGUCUGCGGUCUGAAGCAGUCCAUCAAGCGAAUUGAGCGGGGGAUGAAGAUCUCCUGCCUCUUUUCCGAGUCUGAGCAGCCAAAGCCCAAUUACCUCGAUGUGCUUCACGAUCGGAUGACUCAGAUCAUCGGCACCGAGGAGCCAGACCUCCACAAGAUGUUCUCUGAACUACCUCCUCAGCAGCUGGAGACAAUUCCGCUCCACGCUGGUGAUAAGCCUCCAAAGGAGAUACUGCAAGAGGCAAACAAGCGCCUGGGUCUUGCACUUGAUGAGUCUGAAAUUGACUAUCUCGUCGAGGCCUACGGUCCCAAUGGCCCGCUGGCUCGAGACCCUACCGACGUUGAGCUGUUCAUGUUUGCUCAGGUCAACUCCGAGCACUGUAGACACAAGCAGUUCAACGCGUCUUGGGUCAUUGAUGGAAAGCAGAUGCCUAACAGUUUGUUUUCGAUGAUCAGAAACACCCACAGGAAGCACCCCCAAGCUACGGUCAGUGCGUACAGUGACAAUGCGGCCGUGCUUCAGGGUGAGCCCGCCGUUUUCUGGGCCCCCAACCAGACCACCGGUGAAUGGACUUCCUCGAAGGAAAUCGUUCAUUUCCUGGCCAAGGUCGAGACGCAUAACCACCCUACGGCCGUGUCGCCAUACCCCGGUGCCGCGACCGGUUCCGGUGGUGAGAUUCGUGACGAAGGAGCCGUCGGGCGCGGAUCCAAGCCCAAGGCCGGUUUGGCUGGAUACUGUGUCUCUGAUCUCCUGAUCCCCGAUCUGAGACAACCCUGGGAGCUUGAUGUUGGCAAACCGAACCACAUUGCCAGCAGUCUGGAUAUCAUGCUCGAGGCCCCUAUUGGAAGUGCUGCUUUCAACAACGAAUUCGGAAGGCCUUGUACAGUCGGUUACUUCCGUACCCUCCUUACCCAGAUCGAUAUUGGAAACGGCCAGACUGAGCUCAGAGGCUACCAUAAGCCCAUCAUGCUUGCUGGUGGCGUUGGAACCGUCCGCCCACAGCAUGCCCUCAAGGACCCUGGUGCCGUCAAGACUGGUGCAUACCUUGUCGUCUUGGGUGGACCGGCCAUGUUGAUCGGUCUGGGUGGAGGUGCAGCCUCCAGUAUUGCUUCUGGAGAAGGAUCUGCAGAUCUGGACUUCGCCAGUGUGCAGAGAGGAAACGCUGAGGUCCAGCGCAGAGCACAGGAAGUUAUCAAUGCCUGUACCGCCAUGGGGGAGAACAACCCCAUCAAGUUUAUCCACGACGUUGGUGCCGGUGGACUGUCCAACGCGCUCCCUGAGCUUAUUGAAGAUGCCGGCCUGGGCGCUACAUUCGAACUGCGCGAGAUCGACAACGCUGACAAGAGCAUGAGCCCUAUGCAAAUCUGGUGCUGCGAAGCCCAGGAAAGAUACGUCAUGGCCGUCGGAGAAGAGGGAAUGAACAAGUUCACUGCCAUUGCCCAGCGCGAGCGUUGUGGCUUCUCUGUCGUCGGUCGUGCAGGCGGUGCCACUGAGGAGGAAAAGCGACUCAUCCUCCUUGACAGAGAGUCCAAGGAAUAUCCUAAGCCCAUUGAUCUUCCUCUUUCUGUCCUCUUCGGCAAGCCCCCGAAACUGACCAGGACUGUCGACUCUCGGAAAUUGAAGCUCCCUGCUGUCGAUGCUAGCCUGACGACAUACCUGCCUCAGAUCACCGCUCCUGUGGAACUGGUUGCUGAGGCAGCUAAGAGAGUACUGUCUCUCCCUGCUGUUGGUUCCAAGUCUUUCUUGAUCACUAUCGGUGACAGAACCGUUGGCGGUCUAACUGCCCGCGAUCAGAUGGUGGGACCUUGGCAAACGCCUGUUUCUAAUGUGUCUGUCACCGCUACGGCCUUGAUGCAGGGUGUGAAGACUGGAGAAGCCAUGGCCAUGGGUGAGAAGCCGACUCUUGCUCUCAUCUCGCCGGCUGCUUCUGCCCGUAUGGCUGUUGCCGAGGCCCUCAUGAACAUCGCUUCUGCAGACCUCAUUGACCGUCUUAGCCGGGUCAAGCUCUCCGCAAACUGGAUGUCUGCCAGCAGCCAUCCUGGCGAAGGUGCUGCCAUCUACGAGGCAGUGGAAGCUAUCGGAUUGGAUCUGUGUCCGAAGUUGGGCAUCAGUAUCCCUGUUGGAAAGGAUUCCAUGUCUAUGAAGAUGAAGUGGACUGACGAGAAGACCAAGGAGUCGAAGGAGGUGACUGCUCCUAUGUCCCUUGUCAUUUCCUCGUUUGCUCCCGUCGGCGAUAUCCGAAAGACCUGGACACCUACUCUCCGACGUGUCGAAGACGUGGGUGAAUCGGUCCUCAUGUUCGUUGACCUCUCAUUUGGCCGCAAGACUCUGGGUGGUUCCGCACUGGCCCAGGUGUUCAACCAGGUCGGUGACCAGUGCCCGGAUGUUCACGAUGUCGAAAUCCUCAAGGACUUCUUCGAUGCUACGCAGCAGCUGCAGGAACUUGGCAUCGUCCUCGCCUAUCACGACCGAUCCGACGGUGGUCUCUUCACUACGCUGGCUGAGAUGAUGUUCGCGGGACGGUGCGGUGUUGAGAUUAUGUUGGACAGUAUCUGCCCAAGCUCUGACACCCGUCACGUCGUUGAAACCCUCUUCAACGAGGAACUUGGUGCAGUCUUCCAGGUCCGCAAGGGCCAUGAGACGCAGUUCCGCUCGUGCUUCGCUACAUGCGGUCCGCCCCCAGGUCUGAUUACGAAGAUUGGUCGUGUCUCUGAGAAGUCCAAACAGAACCUUGCUAUCUACCAGGGACAGACGCUGGUGUACCGCAAUUCCCGUGCCAACCUCCAGCAGACCUGGGCUCACACUUCCUACCACAUGCAAAAGAUUCGUGACAACGCAGCCUGCGCUGACCAGGAAUACGCCAACAUCCUCGAGGACAGGAACGCCGGACUCUCGUGGAACCUCACUUUCGACCCUAAGGACAAGGGCCUGCCCUUCCUCACCAGCCUUAGCAGCAUGUCUCCGUUCAGCAACAAGCCGCGCGUUGCCAUUCUCCGUGAACAGGGUGUCAACAGCCAGGCUGAGAUGGCAUUUGGCUUCAACCUCGCAGGUUUCUCUGCCGUUGACGUGCACAUGACUGACAUCAUCUCUGGCCGCGUUUCCCUUGCCAGCUUCGUGGGUCUCGCUGCCUGCGGUGGAUUCUCCUAUGGGGACGUCCUGGGAGCUGGUCAGGGUUGGGCCAAGUCAGUGCUUCUGCACGAGAACACCCGCAAGGAAUUCCAGACCUUCUUUGAACGUCCCGACACAUUCACUCUCGGUGUCUGCAACGGAUGUCAGUUCCUGUCCCGUCUCAAGGAGCUGAUCCCCGGUGCCAAGGACUGGCCCAGCUUCGAGCGCAACGCCAGCGAACAGUAUGAAGGACGUGUCUGCAUGGUUGGCAUUUCCGACCCAGACCCAUCUUCUCCCUCCGUCUUCCUGAACGGCAUGAAUGGCUCCUCCCUCCCCAUUGCCGUUGCUCACGGCGAAGGUCGCGCCUCUUUCGCCCCUGGCUCUCCUGUCACCGCCCAGGAUCUUGUCAAACAGAACCUCGCGCCCAUACGCUACGUCGAUAACACCACCCUCAAGCCGACCAUGACCUACCCAUACAACCCCAACGGCAGCCCCGAGGGUAUUGCUGGUGUUCGCAGCCCGGACGGUCGUGUUCUUGCCAUCAUGCCUCACCCCGAGCGAACAGUCCUCAACGGCAUUGCCAGCUGGCUUCCUCCUUCUUCCGAGAGCUGGGGCGAUGUCGGUCCCUGGGGCCGUGUGUUCUACAGCGCGAGAAGAUGGGUUGGUUAG